ACAUGAGAAGUACGAGGAGUAUUCGAAGACUUAUGGACAUUUCUUUGGGGUAUACAACUUCAAUGUACCCAUCUUGGUCAUAAGUGAUUUGGAUGCUGUCAAGAACAUUCUCGUGAAGGACUUCCAAUACUUCUAUAACAGACCAAGUUUUCCUCUCGUCAAUCGUCCAAUGGAUAAAUCACUCUUCUUCCUCAGAGAUUCAAGAUGGAAAAAAGUCAGAAAUGUUACCUCUCAGAGUUUUAGUGCUAACAAAAUGAAAAAGAUGUCCCUUCUGGUGAAUGAAAAAGCUGAUAGACUUGUAGAGAACAUUGGGAAAGAACAAGCCAAAAGUGGUUUUGUAGAAUGCAAACAACUUUAUGGAUACUUCGUCAUGGAUUCGAUAUCGGCAUGUGCCUUUGGUCUUGACGUCGAUUCACAGGACAACCCAGGGCACCCUUUUGUUGAUCAUGCAAAGAAGGUCAUUCAGAGUGGGUUUGUCUUCAGUCCUCUGAUUGCCAUUACAGCUAUUUUCCCUUGGCUGGCUGGCAUAUUCAGAUAUUUCAACAUCGGACUUUUGAAAAGUGAUUCAUUGAGAUUCUUUAGAGAUAUUGCUACCCAGGCGAUAACGAUUAGAAGAAGUACAGCGAACAAAGAAAAUAAAAGGAUGGAUUUUCUCCAGCUGAUGGUCGAUGCUACUCGACAAAAACAUGAAGAUGGAACCAAUCAGAAAGAACCUCAAGAAGAUAUCGAUGAUGACCUCAAGAUUCAGCACGAGAAUGACAAAGACUCCGUACAUCGUGAUGCUAAGAUGUCGAAACCCAUUGAUGAUGACGAAUUCACAGCACAGGCAAUGUUCUUUUUAUUCGGUGGCUACGAAAACACAAGCUCCCUCUGUGGCUUCUCUUCCUACUUUUUAGCUAGGAAUCCAGAGAUCCAGGACAAACUGAUCAAAGAAAUAGACGAGGUGACACCGGCAUCAGAAAGUGUCAAUUAUACCACCAUCGCCAAGAUGACGUAUCUUGAUCACGUGAUUCGUGAGACUCUUCGCCUCUACCCGAUUGCUCCACUUAUCAGCCGGGUCUGCACCAAAGAGUAUGAGGUGAAUGGCUUUACUAUACCAAAAGGAAUGCAAGUCGACAUCCCCAUCUAUACCAUACAACGUGACCCGGAGAUUUGGCCUGAGCCAGAUAAAUUUAUUCCUGAAAGGUUUACCAAGGAGAAUCUCGAAACUACGCACCCCUAUUCUUGGAUUCCCUUUGGGACUGGACCCAGAAUGUGUAUUGGUAUGAGAUUCGCUGUCAUGGAAACCAAGAUUGCCCUUGUUAGAGUUUUGAGGGAAUUCCGCUUAGAGACCUGCCCUCAAACUGAGAUACCACCAAAGACUGGAAGUAUUGGGCUUGUGACUCCAAAGAAUGGUAUCGCACUUCGGGUCGUGCGAAGAAACUAAUCAAAUAAAAUACUUGAUCUUUAAUACAUGAAUAACUAAAAAAAAAAUCUUUGUACUUAUUCAAGGAUUCGCGUUUGCUGAUAAUUAUGACCAAAGUUUGUUAACUGUGAAGAUAUUCAUAUAAUUAUAAAGUUAGGGGCGUGUUGUUGGAAAAACACUUGAACUAUGAAAACAGAAGGUUUGUCUACGCGGCGCCGCACCGGAGCGUUCAGGCAAGCUGAUUGUGCGUUCACCCCUAUACUUCACAUUUGAUACGUACUUGUUGGUUUAUUAUAUUUUCUUCAAUUUUCUAUCAAAGUGACAUGAAUGUAAAAGAAAUAUUGUUAAUUGACUAUAAGCAGUACAAUAACUAUGGUUUUAUAUCGUUUUUGCGUUGAAGCUCUGGAAUUUUAAAAUUUCUCUGAAACCUUAACCUGCAUGCUCUAAAUCAUUUUUGAUUUUUCUUAGAUUAUAAAACUCGAUUGCGAAGAAAAAAAAAGAGCUCAAAUUUGAACGGAUGAUGCAAGUAGAGGAAGUUUUCUUUUCCCAUGCGCGCAAAGCACGGAAAACGCGCCUAUAAUAUUAAACAUUUUGUCCCAAAUUAACACUCUUUGUCGUAUCAUUUUCAUUCGUUGGUAGAUAUAUAUAUAUAUAUAUAAAUAUAUUACUUAAUCGUGUUCGAUCCUUUUCAGAUCAGGUAUUAUUAUUUUCGUACAUGCUAGUAAUAUUUUCGUCGAAUAGUCUAUCAUAGAAAUAUAUACUUUCAGAUCAUUCAUCAUUUUAUGGUCAUAUAGAUUAACACUAAAUAGGAAUCAAUAACGCACGAGACAAAGAAACUAUGUAUAAUGGAACAAACAUUAUAUUAAAAAAACUGUGUAUUGUGUAUUAUGUACUCUUUAUCCAUGAAUGUGAUUUUCACUAGACCCUAGAUUAGUGUGCUUGUAUAUGGCAAAUAUAACCUACUAUAAUAGGUUUGACUAGAUUUUAUUUUAUUUUCCACUCUUGUUUUCAUUUACAAUUCUUUUUUUUUUCAUUCAUUUCGGUUUAUUGUACAAAAACUUCCUUGUUAAAAACAGUCGGGAGACUGAUACAAUCAAAGAUUACAAUGUAAACAUAAAUUUCAUAGUUACAUAAGUGAAAUGAAAUAGUCAAAUAAUGUAAAGUAACAAUUAAUUAAAUGAUGUUGGUAUAUUGCACUUACAAGGAAAUUAUAGAUGAGAGCACGUUACAAAAUAUAUUCCAAAGAUAUUUAUAAAUAAAAGCUAUAAUAUGGUAGUGAUAACUGAAAUACAUGCACUAAAUUCAAUAAACAAAUCUAUAAGUUGUGAAGAAGGUUGAGAUUGGGAUAUAAAAUUAAAUCGCAAAGUGGAAGGUUCACAUUGAGAAAUAAAUAUGGAAUUAUGUUUUUAAAAUAUAAUUUUAAGGCUAAUGUAGGACAUCUGACAUACGGAAAAUAAGGCAUAGAGCACUGUAAAUUGUAUUAUUAUAGAUUAUAUCAUUAUUAUCACUGUAUAUAAAAAUAUCGUCACUUCAUGUAUUAUUAUGCUAUAUUAUUAUAAUCCUUACCAUUUAACAGUUACCAUUUACAUAGAGGUCAAUAUCAUUAUCAUAAUCAUCAAACACAUAAGUCAUGAUUAGCUAGAUAAACUACAUAAUGUAGUAUUAUAUUGCAUGUAUAUCCAAUUGGCCGAGUUAGAUGUUAUUCAAAUUGAUGAAAAAUGAAACAAAAAGAAACAUCUAUAUUCAAUUAAAUUCUCAGGAAUUUAAGAAUUUUAUCUUCCUAUUUAAUUGUGAUUCAUAGUAGUACGUACGUGUUAAACGUGUUAAAACAAAGAAUAAUUAUAAUUCAUAAUAAUACAUACAUGAUAAACAAAGAAUAAAUGGAUUACAAUAUAAAGUUGAAAAAUGAACGUGUCUAGAAAAUAAAGGAUUUAAUAACUAAGUGUAACGACUUUUGGAGAAGAGGUUUUUGCGAGCAAAAAAUAGUGGAACCUAUAUUUAAGGCAGGGCUUGUAUAUCUUGGGUCCCUAAAAUUCGAAUGGUAUGUUUUUCAUAAAUAAAAUACAGAAUUAGGUUAUGUAAAUUCCUAAAUUUUCUGUAUCGUUGCAAAUUGCUGGCAAACAGUUGAUUGUGUUUUUAAAAAUAAAUUUAAGUAGUAUUUUCAUACAUCUUUUUUUUUUUCGAGAAGUCAGGUGUUUGGAUCAAGAGAAAGGUUGAAUUUAUUAUGUAUUAUCUGUUUGUCAUGAUCCACGUCGGCUCAAUUCAAGUAAUAAAAUCGAAACACAUACGUCA